CUCUGAUUUUCACUCCAAUGCCGUUAUUCCCAUUAACUUCCAUUAUAAGACUGACAGACUGCAACCAUUUGAGUUGAAAAUCUUGGUUUGUGUCCUACGGAAGAAACAAAGUCACCUACAUUUUGGAUGCCUUGGGGGUUAGCGAUAAACAUAACAUUUUCAUUUUUGGGUGAACUAUCCCUUUAACAUUAUAAAAUUCUUGUCAUGUACCUAAAGGUAAUACAGCUUUUUUUUUUGGUAGAUCACUGUUAUGAGGUUGAAACUUGUUUCUGCCUGCAUGAUUAUAUAAAAUAGGGAGUAAUAGGGCAUCGAGACCUCUGCCAAAGUUUGACCUCAGAGCUGCCAUCAACAAACUCUGCUUAAGCCUGAAUUCAAUUAUGUUUCAAGGUGGAGACACAUUUUUAAUGUUUAAAGGGAAGAGUUAGAGGAAAGAUGAUAUUCUACUGCUUGCAUCUGAUUUGUGGGUCAGAUAAUGUACAAACUGGACCCUUCUGAAUUGUAAAUUAAUUGUGCUGAUUAAUAAUCGGAGACCAAGAAAAACAUGUCUCCAAUUUUCAGAUGCACUCUCUUCCUUUGUCUUCUCCCAUCUGUGGUUCCUCUGUUCUGUUAUACAUGUGUAUUUCCUUCUGUCUCACCACUGGAAUGUCUCAAGUUCCCAACCCAUUGUCCACCGGGCCAGCUCUGUCUUUCUAGCAAAGCUGUAGCACAGCACGGGGACUUUAAGGUCGUGUUGUAUGAAAAGAGCUGUGUUAUUCCAGCCCUGUGUGGACUUACAGGAGAGAAGUUUGCCAUGGGUUUAAACUUCACUUUCACCAAUGACUGCUGUGAUACUCUUCUCUGCAAUGGUGUCUCAAGCAGUUCUGCUUUCAUCUUGUCCAGCACCCUGCUCUCACUUCUUCUGACACUGUUUUAUUUACAGUAAGCUCAAUUAACUAGAACAAGAGAGCAGUCAAAAUGUAACACACACACGUCUUUAUCUAGCAUAAUUAGAAUUUCUAUGUAAAUUAAUGUAUUCUUAUUUCUUCUUUGCCUUAUAACAGUUCUAACAAGAAUAGUUUGUUUUUAUCAGCAUUUCUUCAUGCAUACAAAUGACACAUACAUUUAUAUUCAAAUAA